GUGAGUGUGUUUCGGUGUAAGUUACCAAGUCAAUAACAUUUUCCUUUUCUUGCCCUAAGCACGCUCAAGAGUACUUUGAAGAUCAGUGAUUCUGGGUUUUGCUUUGAGUCCUACAUCAUCCAAAUGUUCCAGGUUCCUCUUUUGCUCUAAUAUCUCUGUAUCUCUGCUUUUUUUUCAUUACCGUAAUCAGGGUGGAAUUACGUAUAGGGAUGGGGUGCCAAUUGCCAUUACAUCCAAAAUCUUUUCAUUCAUAUGCAAUGUAAAUCCCUAUUUGCCUCUUAGACUGGAUUCUUUAUCCCUAUUUGCAUCGUUACAAAGUUUUUUCAUAAUGAUUAGUGUUAAAUUUAUUGUAAUAUUUUCAAUAAACCGUCUUUAAGAUGUGGGUUAAUCAUGGAUCAAAGAAACGAAAAAUCCAAGUCUGGUUAUUUGGUUUGGAUACUUAGAAGAUGUUGUGGAUUUUGGUCCUGUUUUGUUUUCCUUCAGGUUGCUUAAUUAAGAUAGUGAAACAAUAAAAUGGAGAGACAGAGGAAUAAUAACUCAUUUGAAAACAAAACUGAACAAGAAGAUUUGGCACUGUUGAUAGAAAGCACAGAGCUUCCGGAAGAGUCUAGUGUGAAAGAGUAUUGUAUCUAUAGAGUACCUCAGAAAGUUCGGCAAAUAAAAGAAGCAGCAUAUACACCUCGUGUCGUUUCAAUUGGUCCCUUUCACCAUGGAGAAGAGAGAUUGAAAUUAAUGGAACCACUUAAAUUGGGCUACCUUAAGAGCUUUCUCGAAGGGACUAGGCUAACAUCACAGUAUUGUAUUAGCAAACUCAAAGAGUGGGAACUAGGAAUUCGGAACUGUUAUGCUGAGAGCAUUCCACUUGAAAGUGAUGUUUAUUUGAAAAUGAUUCUAAUUGAUGCUGGCUUCAUAAUUGAGCUUUUCCUUAGAUAUUGUGACGUGCGCAAUUGGGUAAAAAGAGACCCUUUGUUCUUAAAACCGUGGCUCGCAGAGGAUGUUGCCCACGACUUGAUCUUGCUUGAGAAUCAGCUUCCAUUCUUAGUUCUUGAAGGCUUGUUCAACCUUGCUACUGCCAAUUUUGUGACUGUUGAUUUGCCCACCUUUCUUCAGCUUACUUUAAACUACUUUGCGGACCUCAACCCGCAAAAACUACAACCUGAUGGUGUGAGUUUGCGACAUUUCACUGAUUUGCUGAGGAUAUUUUACUUACCACCAAGUGAAAGAUUACAAGAAAGAUCAGAAGUAGGCAAUAUAUUGGACCAUUUAUAUACUGCAAGUGAGCUAGUGGAGGCAGGAUUGAGGUUCAAGGUUGAUAAAACAAAAAAAUGCUUACUUGAGUUACAAUAUCAUAAGGGUGUCUUGACAAUGCCACGCCUUGAUGUAUCUGAUAGAACUGAGUUUCAUUUGAGAAAUAUAGCUGCAUUUGAGCAAGCUCAUUAUUCUUCUAAGACCUACAUUACCGAUUACUUGAAGGUGUUAGAUUUCCUUGUUGAUACUGAUAAAGAUGUGAAUGUACUAGUUCACAAGGGAAUUAUUACUACCUUGUUGGGUGACAGCAAUGAAGUGGCUACUAUGAUUAAUCGUCUUUGCUCAAAUCUUAUCCAGCCAAAUAUGAACUUGGAAUACCUCUUUAUCUGUAAGCAGUUAAAUGAUUUCUAUGACAAGCCUGUAAAUAAGUGGAAGGCUGGCAUGAUACGUAACUACUUCGACACUCCUGUGAAAACAGUAACUUCUAUUGCUGCAAUGGUAUUACUUAUACUCACCGCUAUCCAAACUAUUUGUACUGUCAUUCCACUUGUGAAGUCUAAUUAGAUGACUUGUACUUUCAACUUUGAAUCGAUAUGAAAUGUUAGUAUGCUCACCAAAGCAUAAAAUACUCUUGUGCACUUUUUAUUUUUAUUUUUAUUAAACUGGGUCUACACACCACUAUCUAAUUGGAUAGGCAUAUUCAAACUUAAGACAAGCCAUUCUUGGUCCAAAACACCCACAACUUCAACCCUUUGUGGAGGAGAGCUUAUAAAAACCUUUUUUGUUCAAGGGUGAACAUGAAGCUCAAGGGGUUCGCCACUAACUGGUCUACAAACCAGUUGUUGGUUAAUUUAAUGUUUCACACUUUUAUUAAGACCUUAGUGUGAUUGCAAAAAUUUCAAAAAAUUAAGUCACUCGGUAUGUGCCAAGACACACAGUUCGUUAUAAGAUACAAGAACUACAUGAUAUGUAUCAACCAAAAAACUAUAACUU